CUUUCUCCUUCUUCUUCGGCUGCGUUUUCUUCGCCGAUUCAUUGAAAUGCACAAGAGCACCACCUCUGCAACUGCUAUGUCAUCGUCGUCGCAGCUUAAGUCUCAGCAUCGAACAAACGAUGUUUAUGCUUCCCUCUAUAAUUCUCCAAUCUUUGCUCCCAAACAAUCCGUUCCAGUCUCUCUUCCAUUGACUCUCUAUGGAGACUCGAAUCACCGAGUCGUUCAAGAUCACCAGGAAAUGGUUAAUCGACAUAGCCUCUGCCUCACUCAUCUUCGGGAAGCAACCGAAGAAGCGGACGCUCUUAGACAAGAGAAUAUCCACCUCAGAAGUAUUAACCACGAGCUUAGCAAACACCUGAGCCUCCUGAUCCACGCUUCGGUUCAGAAACAGUACGCCUCCCCUGAUCAAGCUCCCUCGUUUAAUUUAGUGGAGGGAUUCGGCGGACUCUGUGUUGGGGAGAAGGGAGCAAGCAGUUCGACAUGGGAAGAAGUUUGCGAUGAGAGCCCGACGAGCGUAAUGGAGGGUGGAAGGGUAGAGGGCGUUGAAGUGGAGAGAUUUUCGCUCCCAAAAAGCAUCUCUGUGAGGUCCAAUGGGUACCUGAAGAUUGCUCAAGGAGGCACCACCCAGGGCGGAAAGAUCCGCACCUCAUCUCGUCCCAGAACUGCAAGUCCUGCCAAGCAAAAGGUGUACGUGCAAGGAGUGAAAGAAGAGGAAAAGCCACUGGAACUGGAGGUGUACAACCAGGGGAUGUUCAAGACGGAGCUCUGUAACAAAUGGCAAGAAACGGGCAGCUGCCCUUAUGGAGACCACUGCCAGUUCGCCCACGGCAUAGAGGAGCUCCGCCCUGUCAUCCGCCACCCCCGCUACAAGACGGAGGUGUGUCGGAUGGUCCUGGCCGGAGUCGUCUGCCCGUACGGUCACCGCUGCCACUUCCGCCAUGCCCUCACUGACCAGGAAAGGCUCAUGGGGCCGCUGAAGCCCUCCGCCAGGACCCCCAAGCUCGACAGGUGAAAAUAUUAUUUUACCAACUCUUUGGACAUACAAAAACAAUGAUAUAAAAACCAAUGCAUAGUGAUUGUUUGUUUGUUUGUAAGCCUCAAAUGAGAGCGGUAAAUAACAUUCCAUUCCAUAAUGCAGCUAUAAGAAGUAAAGAACAUAUAUAUAUAUAUCAUAGAUACAAGUUAGGUAGAUAUUGAGGGGGGGAAAAACAGUCUCAAGUCUCAAGGGCUUUCUUUUUGCUAUAUUUUGCUGUUCUUUUUUUUUUUUUUUUGUUCAAAUCCGGAUUUGAAACUUAGUGGUUGGAUAACUGUUGAGCUCUGUAUUUUUGGCAGAGCAAACUAUGUAAAGAGUUUUGGGGAUGUUAAUUGAUGAUGCUCAUUGAUUUUCCGGACA